GUCACAAUGUCUUGCUGUCAAUAAUAGAAAUAUUGAAGCCUAUUACCACCACUACCACCACCACCGAUUGUCUCUCGGCAGUCAGUGCCGGUGUUUUCUGCCACUGCCACUGUCAUAAAUAACUUUUUCCUCCUCGACAGACAGGGACUCGCCUCGCCUCCUUCGCCACCUGCCAUUGAACCAUGAAAGAUAUCCUCCUCCUUAUCGUCGCCCUCGCGGCCACGGUGGUGCUGGGCGCCUCGCCGGCCCAAUGGCGCACCCAAUCGAUCUACUUCCUCCUCACCGACCGAUUCGCGCGAACGGAUAACUCCACCACUGCAGCCUGCAACACCGGGGAGAGGCAAUAUUGUGGCGGAACAUGGCAGGGCAUCAUCAAUCAGCUGGACUACAUCCAAGGCAUGGGCUUCACGGCUAUCUGGAUCACGCCGGUCACUGGCCAAAUCCCCCAGGAGACGGGGUACGGAGAAGCCUACCAUGGAUACUGGCAGCAGGACGCAUAUACCCUCAACUCUCACUAUGGGACGGCGGAUGAUCUCAAGAAGCUAGCCUCGGCUGUCCAUGCACGAGGCAUGUACCUGAUGGUCGACGUCGUUGCGAACCACAUGGCCUUUAACGGCUCGGGAGAUGCCACCACCUAUAGUGCCUACAACCCCUUCAACUCGCAGGAAUACUUCCAUAAUCUCUGCUCAAUCACCAACAAUGAUAACCAGACGCAAGUGGAGGACUGCUGGCUGGCUGAUAGUGUCGUCUCCUUGCCGGAUCUGAACACCACUCGUUCCGACGUGAAGACGAUGUGGUAUGACUGGAUCGGAUCGCUCGUUUCCAACUACUCGAUUGACGGUCUUCGCAUCGACACGGUCAAGAAUGUCCAGAAAGACUUCUGGCCGGGCUACAACAAAGCUGCCGGUGUAUACUGCGUUGGAGAAGUCUUUGACGGGGAUGCUGAGUUCACCUGUCCCUAUCAAAAUGACCUGGACGGCGUACUCGACUAUCCUAUGUACUACCCUCUCCUCCGGGCAUUCGAAUCAACCAACGGCAGUAUCAGCGACCUCUACAACAUGAUCAACACUGUCAAAUCCACGUGCAAUGAUUCCACCCUGCUGGGAACCUUUGUCGAGAACCACGACAACCCACGAUUUGCCAACUACACCAGCGACAUGUCGCUCGCCAAAAAUGCCGCCUCGUUCACCGUCCUCGCGGACGGGAUCCCCAUCAUCUACGCCGGCCAGGAACAGCACUAUCACGGCGGCAACGACCCAUACAACCGCGAAGCGACCUGGCUGUCCUCGUACUCGACCACCAGCCCUCUAUACACGCACAUUGCGACCUCCAAUAGAAUCCGCACCCACGCCAUCGGCCAGGACAGUGGCUAUAUCACCUACAAAAACUACCCCAUCUACCAAGACAACUCGACCCUAGCCAUGCGCAAAGGCUACAACGGCACGCAGACCAUCACCGUGCUCUCCAACCUCGGCGCCUCCGGAAGGAGCUACAACCUCUCCCUCCCCGGGACCGGCUACUCUGCCAACCAGAAACUCACCGAGCUGUACACCUGCACGAACGUGACUGUUGAUGCGGACGGCUCUGUCCCCGUUCCCAUGGCCAGCGGUCUUCCUCGGGUUUUGUAUCCGGCUGAUAAACUGAGUAACAGUUCACUGUGUGGUCAUAACAGCACUACUAGUUAGUUCUUUUCCCCCAUCCAUCUGUCCACACAUUUUUCUGUUCAUCACAUCCGUAUCCUUCCAUCUAUGCAAGCAAAUAUUGACAACCCAUCUCACCAGACUCCGCCAUCUCUUCGACUUCACUCAGCAGCACAUCCCUAUACAUGGGUUUUGCAGCGUAAGUCCUUCUCUUCUCCAUCCCAUAU